CUCGACUCCACUAACGCCGAUGGCAUCAGCGCCCUGCACCAGGCGUGCAUCGAUGAGAACCUGGAGGUGGUCCGCUUCCUGGUGGAGCAGGGCGCCACAGUGAACCAGGCGGACAACGAGGGCUGGACACCCCUGCACGUGGCCGCCUCCUGUGGUUACCUGGACAUCGCCAGGUACCUCCUGAGCCACGGGGCCAACAUCGCCGCUGUCAACAGCGAUGGUGACCUGCCCCUGGACCUGGCCGAGUCUGAUGCCAUGGAGGGGCUGCUGAAGGCGGAGAUCGCCCACCGAGGUGUGGAUGUGGAGGCAGCCAAACGGGCCGAGGAGGAAUUGCUGCUUCACGACACAAGGUGCUGGCUGAACGGGGGCGCCAUGCCAGAGGCCCGGCACCCCCGCACAGGGGCCUCUGCCCUGCACGUGGCCGCUGCUAAGGGCUACAUCGAAGUGAUGAGGCUGCUCCUUCAGGCUGGCUACGACCCAGAGCUCCGGGAUGGGGAUGGCUGGACCCCCCUGCACGCGGCGGCCCACUGGGGCGUGGAGGACGCCUGCCGCCUGCUGGCCGAGCACGGUGGGGGCAUGGACUCACUGACCCACGCGGGGCAGCGUCCCUGUGACCUGGCUGACGAGGAGGUGCUGAGCCUGUUGGAGGAGCUGGCCCAGAAGCAGGAGGACCUGCGGAACCAAAAGGAAGCCUCCCAGAACAGGGGCCAGGAGCCCCAGGUGCCCUCCGGCAGCAAACACCGACGGAGCUCCGUGUGUCGUCUGAGCAGCCGUGAGAAGAUCUCCCUCCAGGACCUGUCCAAGGAGCGCCGGCCCGGGGGGGCAAGGGGACCCCCCAUCCGGGACGAGGAUGAGAGAGAAGAAGGCCCCACAGAGCCACCCCCUGCAGAAUCCACAACCCUGAAUGGAGUCUCCUCCCCGCCGCCCCACAGCCCUAAGAGCCCUAUGCGCCCCGAAGAGGUCCCCUUCUCGAGGCGCUUUGGCCUCUUGAAGACGGGGAGCUCUGGUGCCCUGGGUCCCGCAGACAGGUGGGGGGCCGAGGGCGCCCCCGGGGCUGGGCUGCAGCGCUCAGCUUCUUCCUCACGGCUGGAAGGGACCUCCACUCAGGCCAGGGAGCCCCGUCUUGCCCGAAUUACCCCCACCCCCUCCCAGAAGGUGCCCGAGCCCUGCGCUCUGUCUGAGAUCUGCAGGUCUCCUCCCUUGGAUAACGCCAGUCCUCCCUCCAGGAUUCCACAGCCUGAAUGCCCAGUGAAGCCAAAUGUCCCCGCAGCCUCCGCAGCGCCCCCAGCAGACUCCCGGGACCGCCGGAGGUCCUACCAGAUGCCUGUGCGGGAUGAGGAGUCUGAAUCCCAGCGAAAAGCUCGCUCUCGCCUCAUGCGCCAGUCUCGGAGGUCCACACAGGGUGUGACUCUGACCGACCUGAAAGAAGCAGAGAAGGCUGCAGGGAAGGCCCCAGAGCCAGAGAAGUCGUGCCUGCAGAGCCUGGACCCUUCCCGGCGGCCCCGAGUCCCUGGGGUCGAGAACUCUGAUGGCCCUUCCCAGAGAGCAGAGGCGCCCGACGGGCAGGGUCAGGGACCACAGACCUCCAGGGAGCACCGCAAAGUCGGCAAGGAGCGGAGGGGGCCAGCGGAGGGGGAGGAGGCAGAGCCGGUGGACCCCAGCCCGGAAUCCAGGUACCAGGCGGGCAGGGAAGGGUUUGCGUUGUCUGUAGGGCCGUGGGGCGUGCCCCCUGACGCCCUACUCUGCCUCCACCCCAGCACUCUCAAGGGUGCCCCCUCAUCCCGCAGGCAGCGGGAUCUCAACCCCGAACCCGCGGCAGAAUCGGAAGAGCCAGACGAAGGCUUCAGGAAGCUGUACGCAGAGCUGCGCAUUGAGAACGAGCGACUUCGCGAGGCCCUGACUGAGACCACACUGCGGCUGGCGCAGCUCAAGGUGGAGCUGGAGCGCGCCACGCAGAGGCAGGAGCGCUUUGCAGAGAGGCCGGCCCUUCUGGAGCUGGAGAGAUUCGAGCGCAGGGCCCUGGAGCGAAAGGCAGCUGAGCUGGAGGAGGAGCUGAAGGCCCUGUCCGACCUCCGGGCUGACAACCAGCGGCUCAAGGAUGAGAACGCAGCCUUGAUCCGCGUCAUCAGCAAACUCUCCAAGUGACUCUGGAGGAGGGCCUUCCCUGCACCCGUAUUUAUACAGCUGCUUCCGCCACACGCACCCCUUUCCUGUGUGAACACGAGUGCCAGGGCUCCCAGGGAGUCUCUGAGAAGCCAUAACCUCCCCUGGGGACCUCCAGACUGAGGGCAGUACAGGGUCCCCAGGAGCCAAGGGGGGCCAUCCAAGGCCAAGAUGGAGGCAGGAGGUGAGCCAGGUAGAGGGAUUUUGCUGAGGGGGGACCAGGGCUGGAGGUGGGACCAGGAAGGCACCGAGGACCAGGAAGUGCCAGGACCAGUAGCCAGGACCAGAGUGGCCGCCCGGAGGUGCCCCCUCACGUGUGUUGCCACCCCAGUCACCCCUCCCGCUCCUGAACAGGGAUCCGAGAAUGUGCCAAGAGUCCCGCCAGCCUCGGCCAGGAGGGCCUGUAUAUAGGGUCCGUGUGCAAUAGGGAGGGAUGUCUUCUAUUUUUUGCUGCCCCCUCCCCGCCCACUGUCCGGGGCAGGGGGAGAAGGUAUUUUCGAGACAAAGCACAGGCAUCACAAAUAAAAGUCGUGAAGUUGCCACUCAA